CCAUUCCGAUCAAAACUUGGAGAUGCGCACGCAUUACACCGCGUAACAGUUGAAAUACGAAAGAGAAGACAGUCGUGGUCCGAAGUUGAUCAUGUAGAUAUUCCAAAAACGUCCGAUCGCAAGACAUUAGGGCAUCGUGAUGAAAGUUGGAACUUAUUGUACGAUUAAUAGUUCCGUUUCGGCGAUCGUGGAAUAAUCGGUUUGAACUCGACGAAAUCGAAACACUGAGAGAAUUGAGCAUGAUCGGGCCAUCUGCUGGCAUCGGUGAUGUCCCAGAACACGAGUUAUCAGAUAAUCAAUCCCGUGGCGGAAAGAAGCGUAUUUUCGAGGAUUUGGAUAUCGAGAAUUUUUGCGAAGAGGUUCAAAACGGUCAUAAACGAUAUCAAUAUCAAGAAAUCGAGACUCCAAUGGAAAUGGUUGCCUCCAAUCAAGUGAUAAACGACACUGCAUCCUUAUUCUCACCGUUAUCGGCUCAAGAAGCUGUAGAUGAGUGUUCAGUCGGUCGAUUGGAAGUCCUUCUCGUGGAUGGCACUAAUUGUACCUGGACAACCGUCUCAGAAUUGGAAUCGCAGCAAAAUAUCGCUGAUAUUACGGCUUCACCAUCUACAUCUACUUCAUCGUCGGAAAAUAGACAAGAACAGGUGAUACAGGAGGUUCAAAUCGAAGAAACGAGUUAUCCCAUUGAUUGUGAUUAUUGGGAACCAGUUGUCACAGUCCAAUCAUCCAAUAUACAACAAAAUAAGCCCAUGAUGCCUUCUGGUAGUAAUCAGCAGCAACAGUUUGAUGAUCAAGAAACUGGAAAUCUUUCCUGGUUACUGGAUUUUAAGUUGGAUCCUUUUAUCGAAGCCGCAGACGAGAAGUCCACUGUAUCUUUAUCCAAAGAUAUUCACAAUGGAAACAAAGCAAGGAUGAAUGGACGUUCUUAUGGAUCUGCCUACAUUAACGAUGCUAAAAGAAGUUGCAACGAGAAUGGAUCGUUGCAUCAGGAAUCAAAUCAUAAUUAUUCUAGCCUCGACAAUAGAAAUUUCGCGUCUUCCCGGUGUAAUGGCCCAAAGAAACCGCCUUUCACAUAUACAGAACUGAUUGAACACGCUCUGCGAGAAAGGGGAGAGCUUACGGUAUCAGCUAUUUACCAGUGGAUCUCAGAACAUUUUCCGUACUACAAAAGUAAUGACGAUCGUUGGAAAAACUCUGUUCGACACAAUCUAUCCAUAAAUCCACACUUCAGGAAAGGAUCAAAAGCACCACAUGGAGCUGGACACUUAUGGGCUAUUGCAAACCGCUCUGGAGAUUCCAGACCCAGACAAACCAUUAAUAAUUCUAUCAUUAAUUCUUCUACGAAACAAAUAAGCAAGAACAAUAUAGAGAUUGAAAAUCUGAGGAAAAAUGUCAGUCAAAUGAAUCCAAUAGAUGAAGUAGAAGCAGCAACUGCUAGCAUUACACAACAGUCUAAUGAAGAAGAGACUGAGAACAUAGUAAAUUCUGUAACAUUAGAGCAUUGUGCUGAAGAAAUUCUUAGUGGUAUUAAAAAAGAAGUAGAAGUACAAUAUCUUGUUCCCAUGAUGGUGUCCAAUAACGAAUCAACCCAUCCUAAUCAACAAACGCAAGAGCUUCAUUAUCCUGUGAAAGAGAGUGAUUUUCUCAAUCCAGUAUCAAAAGAAGUAGUCGCAGAAGAAUGCGGACUAAUAAGUGAAGGAUAUCUAGUUACAGACUUAAAUCCUACUGCUUUAGGUCUAAACAUGAUUGAGCCAGAAAUUAUCACACCUGAAAAUCUUUUUGGAGAGGAAUUAAGUUUUCAGUUUUAUGAAUUAUCAUCUCCAUCACAAAUUCAAUCUGCCUGACAUAUAGAGAAAAAUAAACUGCGAUUUAUUGUUAUUGACGAACUGCAUGUGCAAAAUAUUCAGGAUUGCAAUCAAGUGGAAAACGAAGAAGACAUUUACAGUGUUAUUGAUAAAAAAGAAUUUCAAGAAGAAUUUCAAGAGUCAAUGGUCGAAAGCUGACUUUUCUAAUAAUGUUAUGACAAGAUUUAUAUAGAAACCAAAAUAAAAAGGUUAUUAAACUUUUUCAAGAUUCUCAAAACAUAUACGUGAAUAAAGCUGAAUGAAAAGCUACAUAUUAUUACUUCAUUGUGCCUGGAUAUGUUUUAAGGAGUCAUUUAAUACUACGCAUUAGUAUAGUUUUCUUUUAGCCCUUAC